AUGCCGCGACAACGCGCUGCGUCGGGCGCUUCGUCAGCGUCGUCAAAGUCGGCGCCGGAGGACCAGGAGCUGGGGAGUAUGUAUGACUAUCUGGCAAAGAUCGUAUUGCUGGGCCCGAGCGGGUGCGGGAAAUCAUGUCUCCUGCAUCGCUUCGUCCGCGGUGAAUGGCGCGUCCUCACCUCGCAAACCAUCGGCGUCGAGUUCUCCAGCAAAAUCAUCAAAGUCGGCACGGGCCCACGCCGCAAGCGCAUCAAGCUGCAGCUCUGGGACACGGCGGGCCAGGAACGCUUCCGCUCCGUGACCCGCUCCUACUACCGUGGGGCUGCCGGCGCCCUCCUCGUCUACGACAUCACCAACCACACCACGUUCGCCUCCCUGCCCACAUUCCUGACGGACGCGCGGGCGCUCGCGUCCCCGAACCUUGCGCUGCUGCUCGUCGGGAACAAGAACGACCUGUCGGCGCCGCCGGAGCUGGUUGAUGUGGACCAGGCGCCGCCGGAGAGGGCCGUGAGUGCGGGGGAGGCGGCGAGGUGGGCGGAUCUGAAUGGGGUGCCGGUGGCGAUGGAGACGAGUGCGUUGACGGGUGGGGGGGUGGAUGAGGUGUUUGAGAGGCUGGCGGGAAUCAUUGUGACGAGGAUUGAGCUGGGGGAGGUGGAUCCGGAUGAUCCGAUGAGCGGGAUCCAGUAUGGGGAUGGAGGCGGAUGGGUGGAUGCAGGGGGACGGAGGAGGGGCGGGAGUGCGGGGGGUGGCAGCGGAGGGAGUAUGAAGGGGAGGAGCGCACUGGCGGAGUGGGGGGAUGUGUUUAGGGAUGGGACGGGGAGGAAGAAGAGGGGGUGCUGUUAG